UAGAUACGUGAAACACAAUCACGCUGAAAUGCAGUUUCUAUCCGUGUUAUGUGGAUGAAGUGUGUUUGUUGCUUCGAUCCUGAGACAUAUUAGGAAUUCAUCCGUGAUUAUGGAUUUUAAAAUGAUCGCGUGCGGCUUCUCUUUACUCCUGCUUUUUCUGCAUGGCGCAUAUGGAGAUCUGAGCUAUUCGUUUCCGGAGGAGAUGAAACGAGGAUCAGUUAUUGGAAAUAUGGCCAAGGAUCUCGGGCUGCAGACGAGCACACUGUCUAACAGAAGAGCCCGUAUCGACAUCGAUGAGACUGAUAAACGUUACUGUGACAUAAACCUGAAUAACGGAGAGUUGAUUGUUGCCGACAGGAUUGAUCGAGAGGGGCUCUGUGGAGAAAAGGCUUCGUGCAUCCUGAAACACGAGCUGGUGCUGGAGAAUCCUCUCGAGCUCCAUCGGAUCAGUCUGCACAUUCAAGAUAUUAAUGAUAACUCGCCUCAAUUUAAGGAAGAAUUGAUUAAUAUAGAAAUUCAAGAGUCGGCAGUCAGGGGAGCUCGUUUUGUGGUCGAGGAGGCACACGAUGCGGAUGUAGGACAUAAUUCAAUUCAACAGUACAGCCUUAAGAAGAAUGAUAAUUUCAUUUUGGCUGCUGAUGGAAACACAAUAGAGCUUGUUCUGGAUAAAGAGCUCGAUCGAGAAAAACAGAAAGAGCUCAAUUUGCUCCUCACAGCUUUAGAUGGUGGCUCUCCUCAUAGAUCAGGUACUGUAGUCAUACACGUCACUGUGCUGGAUGCUAAUGAUAACGCCCCAGUGUUCAGCCAGGCCGUUUAUAAAGCCAGUCUGCCUGAAAACUCUCCUGUAGGUACUAUAGUGGUCACAGUGAGCGCUACUGAUGCAGACGAGGGAGUCAAUGGAGACGUGACUUAUGAAUUUGGGCAUGUUACUGAAGAUGUGAAGAAGAUAUUUAGUAUUGACCGUAAAAUGGGGGAUAUACGUGUUAUUGGCUCUGUUGACUAUGAAGCCACCACAUCAUUUGAAAUACGCAUUAAAGCAAAAGAUGGGUUAGGGCUGUCAUCUUAUGCUAAGGUAAUUAUUUCUAUCACUGAUGUGAAUGACAACGCUCCUGUAGUUAAUUUGAAAUCACUGACUAACCCAAUACCUGAGGACACCCCACCUGGUACAGAGGUGGGCAUCAUUAACGUGCAGGAUAGAGACUCUGAGAACAACAGACAGGUCCGCUGCUCCAUUCAGCAAAACGCCCCUUUUAAGUUGGUUCCUUCUAUUAAAAACUAUUAUUCUCUGGUGACCACAGGGCAACUGGACCGUGAAGUAGUGUCUGAUUACAACAUUACAAUCACUGCCACUGACGAGGGCUCUCCACCUCUGUCCUCCUUUAAAACUGUUGAGUUAUCUGUAGCAGACAUCAACGACAACCCACCUGUGUUUGAGGAACAGUCGUACAGCGCAUAUACGUUCUUGUACGCCCAUUGCGUGGUCUAG